AUGACCAACAUACCCAUACACUUCCGCUCUCGCUUUUAUUCAUUUCUCUUUGCUGAAGAAAUCAAAACCGCCACCUCCACCCACCAUUUCUUCUCCCACAUUCUCUCUCUACACUUCUUCCUUUUCUCUCUCUUAUUCUUUAUGUCUUCUGCUACUUCUCAUUACGACUUCGCCAUCAAUGGCGUCCUCAUCGACUCCGAAGCUCUGUACAUCAAGCAAAGACAGCUCUUGUAUUACAGAGAUGAGUUCGGAGACAGAGGCGAGUUUGUGACCGUUAAUCCAUCUUUGGUCUUCCCAAACCCUCGUCUCCGAACAGCCUACAUUGCUCUCAAAGCUUGGAAAGAAGCCAUAUUCUCCGAUCCCCAAAACCUCACAACCGAUUGGGUCGGAACUCCACCGGAGUUUCUGCUCUCUAGCGCCGAACAACUCAUCGAUCUUCACCGUUGCCGGCAUCGAUCUCAACCACGGCGACAUCGCCGGGUACUUCCCGAAGGAGCUCGGACUCCUCACAGAUCUCGCAUUGUUGCACAUCAACUCGAAUCGAUUCUGCGGCACAGGCCCUCACAAGUUCAAGAACUUGAAGCUUCUCUUCGAGCUCGAUCUCAGCAACAACAGUUCGCUGGAAAAUUCCUUCGGGUGUUUCUAAAAUUGCCGAGUCUGAAGUUCUUAGAUCUUCGUUUCAACAAGUUCGAAGGCAAUGUCCCCAUUCUGGUGUUUAUUUUUCUCUUAUUGACUACUCUUUGGUGA